AUGAAGCCUCUAUUUUUCCAGGAUUCAUUCAGGUUUCCCAGUAAAAUUCAAGGACUUUCAUGGCAAGUUUUGAAAUUUUUCCAGCAGAUCGGAGAUAAAAACAAUACAUAUUAAAGCUGCAAGCGGCGUUGGAGGCCCUCAGCGCAGUUCCGGCCUCGCGGUGACCGCGGGGGCUCCAGCAACGCCACCUGUUUGCUGACGCUUGCACCUUCCCUCACCUGUCCGCCAGGCGAUACACACUGAUGUCUUCAGCAGCGCUCCCUGACGACGCACAAGCGUAGUGGGGUUGAAUUUCAAUUUCAAGCUAUUGGGCUCUUUAGAGGUUAACAAAGGUCAAUCCUAACACGUUUAGUGCAAAUAAAGUGAUGCGUGUAUGAUUUACAACAGUGUUUCUCAAACUGUGGUCCCUGGAUCAUUUGUGGUGCGAGGGCUCCCCCUAGUGGAAUGAAAACAACUCCAGGACUACUUGUACGAUCAGAGGAAGAUAAGUUAUAGCGACUGGAUUCCUUUGAAUGUUUAGUGGUAGGAAUCGUUCCAGUUAGUCAUAGAACAUAGGAUCGCCAGGCAUCCAACCAGGAUCGUUCAUGCCAAGUUUGGUUUCGUUUGUUUUGGCGAGUACGCCAAGUUCGCCGCUCUGUCACGCAAAAAGAAAUAAAACAAUAAAAGUUUCUUUAACUUCAGCUAGAGAGAAAAAAUGGAUCCAUUAUUUUAUUAUCUUUAAAUGUCUGGUUUCAGCUGUAAAUAACACUUUCCAAAUUCCAACCUAAGAUCGAACUUUAUUACUAAACUGUGCAGUUUGAAUAUCAAGAACUUUCAAGGACUUUAUACAGAAAUCAGCUGACAGAAAUAGGGCUGAUAGGGCUGCAGCAGAAAUGAGACAAAAGUUACACGUUUUUAUCCAGAUUCAGGAGUUUGUUUCAGUUUGUUCAUAUUGGUGACAUUCGGCUUCCGCUGCCAGAUUGUUUAUAACAUUUUUCCUCCGGACUGAAAUAAUCUGCCAGUGGAGCCAAAUGUUACCAUCAGAUUUAAAUGAAUUAAACAAGCUCCUUUAUCUUGCUAAAAAGUUAAUCAUCAUUGUAGAAAGUCAUGUUACCAUGGACACAGAAAGCAAAGCAGGCCCACAGUAUGCCUGAUCCUCCACUAUACCUGCUCAUUAAUUUCUGUAUUUGUGCUGAAGUGUUUCAUUUUUUUCGGUAACGCUCUUUGCUCCAGGUAUUUAUGUUUCUGAGAAACAGGAAGUUGUUGUUUCCACUUCCUGUCCAGCAGCUUUUCUUUUAUCGUUGACCUUCCCGCUGUGACAGCUGAUACGCCUGAGCCUGUAUCCAUGGCAACAGUAAACAGAUGCAUCAGCGUUCCUCAUAGUGCGGCUCUGAUGGAAAAUUCACUGCAAACAUCUGAACCCGUCAACUUUGUUCAUCAGGAUGAAAUCUGGAAAGCUCAUAUAAAAAUUGAGAAGGAUUCUGAAGAAUCGUGGAGUAAAAACUGGGGCUUCCUGUCUGAAGCCUAUAAAGAGUACGAGAUGAAGAGUGUGAAGCUGAAGACGGGACUGAAAACGGAGCUCCACCCUCACCUGACGGUUCGACCUUUGACCCCUCCACAGAAACCCAUCCAGGUAAGGCUCAGCCAGCACCUCUGGUCCCGGUCUGCUGUCUACCUGUGCUCCACCUGUCCUCCUGUCCAGGUCAGCUCUAACUCCGCCGUCCCUCUGACCUCUCAGCGUUUCAUCGGAUGGCGUUCUGGAUCGUCGUGCCUCCAGCUGGAAAAGUACGGCGCGGUGCAUCAUGGGAGGCGUAGUUUCCUGAAGGAUUUGGGUUGGUCUCUAGAUGCUUGCAGCUGAGUCUGUUACAGUAAAUAAUAAUAACUUAGGAUGUUGGUGAAUGGCAGGCAAUUAAACACAUAUUUUCCAACAAUAAUUCAGUCUGAUUGCAUUUUGUUGGUUUAUUUAGACCCUGUUAAUAAUUAAUGGCUGAACUCUGUAUAACAUGAUUAUUAUUUUCAAUCCACUUAUUGUGAACAUGAAAGCCUGACAGGAAUGCGUAGCCUACAGACUUUCAAAAAAAUUUUUUUUAGUUAUCACCGAUGAGAUUUAGUGUGCUUAUCACUAAUGAAUUAUUUUAUUAUCCAAAUGUCUAGAAAGCAACCAAAGUAUUUAGUUAGGCUAUACAUUCAAUUUGAAAAUUAAAAUGUUGUUUUAAGAGAAUAGUUUACAGAAAUAUUUAGCUAGAAAUGAAAUAUUUAUUUUCCAAGCUAAAUAUCUAUUUUGUCAAUUCAAAAUAGUAACUUACGUUUACUUCACAAGUAGCUGUGAAGUAAAGUAUCAUGACUUCAAUGGGCUGUAAGUUUUGGAUACUUAACUCCUCUGGAUUUUAAGACCAAAGUUAUUUGGAGAGAUGCUUUAAAUAUUUUUCUACUUUCUAAUAAAUCUUCGAGUUUCCAGUUUUGAAUAGAAGUGCUUCAAUAAAUAGAUUUGCUCAAUGAUGUAUGAAGACGCUGAUCCUGGCGGCUGGAAUC